AACCAGAGCGGGGAUUUCCACCGCCCCUCCUGCCGUCCUUUGGAGGAAAGUGAAAGUGAAAGGAGGAAGAGGAGGCUUCAUGGCUGAGGAGAUCGCAGCGCCAUGAAGUCCCUGUCUCUGGUCCUUGCUAUAGCUUUGGGCCUGGCGACCGCCGUCUCGGCAGGACCGGCGGCGAUCGAGUGUUGGCUCGUGGAGGAUGCGAGCGGAAAGGGCCUGGCCAAGAGACCUGCUGCACUGCUGUUGCGCCAGGGGACUGGGGGACCGCCGCCCCGGCCGGACCUCGACCCUGAGCUCUACCUCAAUGUGCACGACCCCGCGGGCGCCCUCCAGGCUGCCUUCAGGCGGUAUCCCCGGGGCGCCCCCGCGCCACACUGCGAGAUGAGCCGCUUUGUCCCUCUCCCUGCCUCUGCGAACUGGGCCAGCGGCCUGACCCCGGAACAGAACUGCCCGCGGGCCCUGGAUGGGGCUUGGCUGAUGGUCAGCAUGUCCAGCCCAGUCCUCAGCCUCUCCAGCCUUUUGCGACCACAACCAGAGCCUCAGCAGGAGCCUGUUCUCAUCACCAUGGCAACAGUGGUACUGACUGUCCUCACCCACACCCCUGCUCCUCGAGUAAGACUGGGACAAGAUGCUAUGCUGGACUUGAGCUUUGCCUACAUGCCUCCCACCUCUGAGGCUGCCUCAUCUCUGGCUCUGGGUCCCCCUCCCUUUGGGCUAGAGUGGCGACGCCAGCACCUGGGUAAGGGUCAUCUGCUCCUGGCUGCAACUCCUGGGCUGGAUGGGCAGAUGCCAGCCACCCAAGAAGGGGCAGUGGCAUUUGCUGCUUGGGAUGAUGAUGAGCCAUGGGGCCCAUGGACCGGAAAUGGAACCUUCUGGCUGCCUAGAGUUCAACCCUUUCAGGAGGGCACCUAUCUGGCCACUGUACACCUGCCAUACCUGCAAGGACAGGUCACCCUGGAGCUUGCUGUGUACAAACCCCCCAAAGUGUCCCUGAUGCCAGCACCCCUUGCAUGGGCCGCCCCAGGGGAGGCACCCCCAGAGUUGGUCUGCCUUGUCUCCCACUUCUACCCUUCUGGGGGCCUGGAGGUGGAGUGGGAACUCCGGGGUGGCCCAGGGGGCCGCUCUCAGAAGGCUGAGGGGCAGAGGUGGCUGUCAGGCCUACGCCACCAUUCUGAUGGCUCUGUCAGCCUCUCUGGGCACUUGCAACCGCCCCCAGUCACCACUGAGCAGCAUGGGGCACGCUAUGCCUGUCGAAUCCACCAUCCCAGCCUGCCUGCCUCAGGGCGCAGCGCUGAGGUCACCCUGGAGGUAGCAGGUCUCUCAGGGCCCUCCCUUGAGGACAGCGUAGGCCUUUUCCUGUCUGCCUUUUUUCUGCUUGGGCUCAUCAAGGUGCUGUGCUGGGCUGCUCUCUACCUGUCCACCUGCAAGGAUGCAAAGGAGAAGAAAGCAGAGUGAAGCACUCACCACCAUCCUGUGGUAGCCACCAUGAACUCUGGCCCAAGCUUCUGUAGCAGCUCCCCAAAAUAAUACCCAUCAUCUGCUCCUUUUCCCUCCAAUCUUCCUCCACUGAGUGACUAGAAUGGUUUUUUUUUUUAACUGUACAAGGGAGAAAUAAUUUUUUUUUUUUUUUGAGAUAGAGUCUUGAGUUGCCCAGGCUGGAGUGCAGUGGAGCAAUCUCCACUCACUGCAACCUCCACCUCCUGGGUUCAAGUGAUUCUCCUGUCUCCUAAGUAGCUGGGAUUAUAGACACGCGCCACAACACCAGCUAAUUUUUGGAUUUUUAGUAGAGAUGGGGUUUUGCCAUGUUGGCCAGGCUGGUCUUGAACUCUUGACCGCAGGUGAUCUACCCCUCUGGGCCUCCAAAGUGGUGGAAUUACAGGCAUGUGCCACCGCACCCGGCCCGAGAAAUGCUUUUUUGAAAAACACAAACCUUAUGGCAUUCACCUUCUUGGAGCUCUAGGGCAGUGGUUCUUAAGAUUUUUUUCUUUCAGGACCCCUUAAAAAUCAUCAAGGACACCAAAGAGCUUUUGGGUAUGUGGGUUAUAACUAUCAAGAUUUAUGGUACUAAAACUUAAAACUGAGAAAAAUUUAAAACACAAGAAUAUACAGGCACAUAUUCCAUUCACUGUGGGAACCAUGGUGUCAAUACGUAUCAUGUAGCUUCUGAAAAAUUCCACUGUACACGUUUAGAGAAUGAAGGCAAAUAACAUCUUAUUUUUGUUAUAAAAAUAGUCUUGGCUGGGCACCGUGGCUCACGCUUUUAAUCCUAGCACUUUGGGAGGUCGAGGUGGGUGGAUCACCUGAGGUCAGGAGUUCAAGACCAGCCUGGCCAUCAUGGUGAAACCCCAUCUUAAAAAAAAAAACAAAAAACGUCUUUAUCUCACAUACCCCCUGACAUAGUCUCAGCGACCUGUAAGGCCCAGGCUACACUUGGAGAACUGGUGCUCUAGGGCCAAAUCCAUUCUUCUUGCCCUGGCUUACGUGUCCCCUGCGCUGGCACCACUGCCUAAUUCUCCAACCCUAGAUGGUGCUCCCCAGCCCUCCUCUCGACGCUCAUCACACAGAGAAUUAUUCCUUUCCUCCAAUGAAGCAAACGCCGCCCGCCCACCUCCAGGUCCCAGCCCUCUGUUCCCUCUGCCUGAUCCACCCUUGCCCUCCCUGAGUCGCAAAGAAGGUCAGCCUCAUCAUUCCCCGCAGACUGCCGCACGUCUCUCUUGUGCGGCUCACCACAGUUGUAUUUAAGUGAUCGUGUGAGUCGUCGUUAAAUGCCUGUCUCCUCCUGGACCGUGGGCUCCUCGAGGACAGGGACCCGCCUAUAUGUCCACCGCUGUAGGCCCCGCGCCGGGGCUAACGCCCACUGGAGGACGUUCAUCAGAUAGCUGCUGGACGUUGACAAGGGAAACGACGGCGCGGUUUAGGGACCUCGGAGUCAGGACGGUCGGCCAGACCGACGGAGUAACGGGUAUAAUCGUGUGGGAAUAAAAUUGUGUCCCAGUGCUUUCAA